AUGGCCAGCCAAGCUACCAACCCCUUCUGGAGCCAUAAAGAUCCCUCCAACGAGGAUCUGAUUCUGCCAUGCACCGCCAGACUAGACCCGACGGUCCCUGUCUCGCAGGAGCAGACGCGUCCUCCUCUGGCUAGCCCUCCUUCCACUCGUUCUCUGCAAGACCCAUUCACUACUCCUCCUCCUGCCAGCCCUAUCAUCAGCCCUGUUUCUACUCCCCCACCAGCCAUCACCUCAGACAGAACAGCCCGUAAGGUUGGCAUCUACGGUCCUUACUGUGAUUCUGCCUCUGCCUCCGAGACAUCUCUGAACAGCCAUUCUGGUAGAAGGCUUACCGACAAUGUCGAGAAGCCUUCACCCGAUAGCAAGAAGAGAUCGCUAUGGACAAGAUUCUGGCGUGCUCUGGGCAACCAGUUCUCUCCUCGGGCUUUCUGGGACCUCAUCAACCCGAAAGAGUAUGUCUAUCCCAUGACUCUCAAGAAGGGUGCUGCUCUUGCCUUUGUGAUGGCUUGUGUCGCUGCUCUUGUCAUCUCCAACUGGGCCACCGGUUGGAUGGUGAAGGCGAUCGCCCAGACUCGUAGGUACAUGCUACCUGUUCUGGUCAUCGUCCUCACUCUUGAGCCUCUCAUGUUCCUCAUCAUCAUGUCCAUCGCGCGUGUCCCACCAUACAACCCGCCCAAGGCAAGUCCUUCCACUGCUGUCCAGGAGGUCUUCAAUGAGAAAAGCCCCAGUGAUCUUGAGAAAGGCGUUGUGAUCACCACCACUACCGAGGCUUGGGAGACCGCCUUUGUCAUCCCCUGCCAUAACUCUGACCGCGACGCUUUGCAAAAGGUUAUUGAAUCUGCACUACCCCACUUCAGACCCCAAGACAUCUUCAUCAUCGACAAUGGUCGCUCUCGAUACCCCACUGAUCUUUCCUUCCGACAGUGGCUCAAGAAUCUCCACCCUGAGCUUGUCUACAUCUGGUCUCCCAUUGGUUCCAAGAAUGCUGCCCAGUUCGUCGGUUCUCUUGCAGCUAAGAACUACAAGUACAUCCUCACCACUGACGACGACGUCUCUCUACCCGAAAACUACCGCCACCCCAUUCAUCUGAUGAAUGAGCAACUCCGUGCUGUCGCUUUCCCUCUCAAGGGUAUCGACGCAGAUGGCAAUGUCCCUCUCGGUAUGGUGUCGUGGCAAGACUGCGAGUACCGUAUGGCUGGUCUGACCAAGCUUGCCGAGGACCGAACAUGUGGUGUCAACUUCCCCCACGGCGCUGGUUGGUUCGUCGAUCGUGACAUCUUCGUCGAGCUGCUCUCCAAGCACCAUCCUAUGGACUUUAUCGCUGAAGAUGCCAAUGCUGGUUUCGCCAUGAUGCGCUUGAACAAGCGUAUCGCCUUUGAUGCUCAAGUUACUCUGGCGACUGAGGUACCCUCAACUGUCCUUGGUCCCGGUUUGAACUGGUGCAAGCAGCGUGUCAAGUCUUGGGAGAUGGGACGCCACAGUCUCAUCUGGAAGCUCUUCCGACACCUGUUCAGAAUGAAUGGUCAACGUACCAUUGCAGGAAUUCUGAUGCAGAAGUUCCUCUUCCUGUACACCCUGGCCUGUCUUGUCAUUGACUGGGUCCGCAUCCCCGUACUCGUUGCUCUCGGAGCGCACAAGCAGUAUUGGAUCUUCUUCUGCAGUCUUGCCUUUGUCGCCUGCCUACCUCCCCUUCUUUAUAAUUACAUCAGCUGCUGGCGUCGUCCCGAUAUGCGCAUCGAUCUUUGCACCAUCGCUACCUACCCUUUCUACAAGCAGCUUUACAGUUUCAUAUCUGUCUUUGGAGCUGUGCGCUGGGCUCUUUUCUAUAUUGGUGGACAUGUUCGAGCGAAGCCCAUCAAACAAAUGCUCAAGGAUGGUGAUGAUGCUUGCUUCUGGCUUGACCCCAGGUUUGAGGCCAACCCUGCCUGGUUGGCGGAUGAAAAGGAACAGAUGGUGGCUUUGGAGUCGGCGAACACAACUGUCAUUGGCUCGGCUCCUCCUACACCGGGUGGCUCUAAAUAG